AUGGAACCAGAAUAUCGACGACGCGGGCUUGCCGCACUGGUCGCAAGACGGCUGAUUGCAGCUCAGACAAGUCUUUUCGAUGAGGCCACUAGGAACCACGAGACAUCCAAGGACACCACUAUCCUUCCUCAGACCAUUUACUCGCAUGCUGAUGUCUCGGACAAGAACGUGGCUAGUCAGAAGGUUAUGGAAAACCUCCAAUCUAGAUCUUACACUCCCGGAAUAUGUCUGUGGCUUAAUCUCCUUCACUCCAUCGAUCGCAGCACCUUUGCCUUGCUUUCGAACCGAGCUGGUCAGCAGAUCAACAUGGCGACUGCUGUUAUCCCGCGGGAUGUGCACAUGAAAAACGCAGACGAAGCGGACAUGCAAGAUCGAAAGACAGCGGCGACAAAGGCAAUGCAGGAGGAAGACGAGGAUGUUGAGGAUGUGGACUUGAAAUCAAAAGCCCUGACCAAUCUUCUGAAGACGAGUGGAGUAUUUGUUGCAAUCAUGGCAGACAAGAUGAAAGAGCAACAGAGGCAGAACGCUGAAAAAGCACGGCGCGAGGCGACGAGGAAGAAGAACGCCGAGGCUAGGACGCAGGAAGUAAAAGGAACCACGAGGCGGUCUACCAGAGUACAGGUUGAUGGGGAGCACGACGAAAACGAGGUCAAGAGAGACGACGACCCGAAAGAGGCUCAGACGUCUAAGAAAAGUCGUGGCAGACCAAAGCGCGAGGACUCCAAGAAACAGAACGGUAGCAUUGUGGACUUUUUAGAUAAAGAUCAACUCAAGAAUGCUGAAGAAGGCCCAACAGUCCAAGAAGCGCUCGCGGAUGCUGCCGACGAGAUCGAGGAAAAAGGUGAGGGACUUGGUGCUCAGGAUCUCGUUGCGACCGAACAGCCAAAAUUGGUUACUGGCGGCAAAAUGCGUGAAUAUCAGCUUGAAGGUCUAGAGUGGCUCAAAACGUUAUGGAUGAAUGGCCUCUGUGGCAUUCUCGCAGACGAAAUGGGUCUAGGAAAGACUGUGCAGGCGAUAUCACUAAUUGCAUUCUUCAAGGAGAACAAUAUUGCAGGACCAUUCCUCAUCGCAGCGCCAUUGAGUACGGUAAGAAAUUGGAUUGAGGAGUUCAAAAGGUGGACCCCUGAGAUCAACACUGUGCUCUACCACGGCAGCAAAGAGGAACGAGCUGAAAUCAGAAAGAAGCACAUGAAAAUCCAGCAACAAGGUAAAUUCGAGUUUCCGGUAGUUGUGACCAGCUACGAGAUCUGUAUGAACGACAAGCAGUUUCUUGGCAAUUACAAAUGGAGAUACAUCGUGGUUGAUGAAGGGCAUCGCUUGAAGAAUAUGAAUUGUAAGCUGAUCAAGGAAUUAAUGACCUAUAAUUCUGCAAAUCGUCUACUCAUAACGGGUACUCCAUUGCAAAACAACAUCGCUGAGCUUUGGUCGCUGCUACACUUUCUGUUGCCUGAGGUCUUCAACGAUCUAGACAGCUUUGAACGUUGGUUUGACUUUUCAACUGUUCUUGACGACAAGGAGGAAGGAGAUGGCAAGUCCAAGAAGCGCAAGAACAACCUUGUUUCUACUAUGCAUGCAAUCCUCAAACCGUUCUUGUUGCGAAGAGUCAAGACGGAUGUAGAGUCCAGUCUUCCACCUAAAAGAGAAUACAUACUUUACGCUCCUCUCACAACUGAACAGAAGGAGAUCUACAAGGAGAUUCUGGCUGGAACGGCACGAUCGUACCUCGAAGACAAGGCAGUUGAGCGGAUAGAGGCUCGGUCGAGGACAGCAUCCCUCAAGCGCAAGGCAGAUGACAGUGGCAGGAACACACCUAUGAAGUCCAUCAAGACCGGCAGGGCUGCUACUCCAGCAACCAACGCCUCGCGUGCAGGUACACCAAACUCCGUAGCAUCAGUUUCUUCGACGAGACGAGGUCGGCAGAACGCACGCCGUAACUAUGAAGAGAUAGGAGAUGGAGAGUUCGACAGACGUCUGAGACAGAUCGAGAAAGGACAAGAUGCCGACUUGAAUGGCAACAAUGCGUCUUCCGAGGAGCCGGACUCUGACGAAGAAGCACUACAACAACGAUCCCGCACACUCAAACUCGCGAAGCAGGAGAUUGCGUCCAAAAAACUUCAAAAUCCCAUCAUGCAGGCUCGACUUGCUUGCAAUAGCCCUCACAACUUCUACUGGCCAUUCGCAUCCCACGAUCCUGAUAUCGACGAUGAGCUGGAUUUGACGCCUGUCGACGAGACCUUGGUGACAUCUUCUGGCAAGCUUCUUCUUCUCGAUACCCUUCUUCCACAGCUUCUAGCAUCUAAACACAAAGUCUUGAUUUUCUCCCAGUUCAAAACAACCCUGGAUAUCCUUCAAGCAUAUUGCGAAGAGCUGCGCAAUUGGUCGGUAUGUCGUAUCGAUGGCUCUAUCUCUCAAGAUGAGCGCUAUGAGCAGAUCACCUCUUUCAAUUCACCCAAGUCGAAGAACAAUGUCUUCCUUCUUAGCACCCGAGCGGGCGGUCAGGGAAUCAAUCUCACUGCUGCUGAUACUGUGAUUCUUUUUGACUCAGACUGGAAUCCACAGCAAGACCUUCAGGCUAUGGACCGAGCUCAUCGAAUCGGCCAAACCAGGCCAGUUAUCGUAUACCGCUUCGCCAGCCGGGGCACAGUCGAGGAAACUCUACUCCUCAAAGCAGACGCCAAGCGCAGGCUCGAAAAGCUCGUCAUCCAGAAGGGCAAGUUCAAGUCCCUCGUUGACGGUGUAGAUGCCAAAUCUCGCAAAUUGAAGGCUGGGGAUGUUGCAGUCGAGGACUUCAAAUCCGCUCUUGGUGCAGCAGGUGACGACUAUGACUUUGAGAAAUACGAUAUCUCUGACUUGGUGGCUGAGAAGGGCGGGAAACUACUUAGUGACGAGGAGUUGAAGAUUCUGACUGAUCGAAGACCUGAGGCAUACGAGAAGAUUGCAAGAGGCGAGAACAUUGGUGGCAGGGACCAAGCUUGGAAGGUUGCUGAGACGAAAAGCGAUGGUUUGGAAGAGCUAACGACGAGGAAGAACCCUAAAUAA